UGUCAGGUCAGAAAACUUCAGGAAGAACUAGCAGCUGAAUACGAACGGUAUCGAGAACAACAUGAUGCACGUAAACUUCUGAUUUCAGAUAUGAAUAAUCUCAGAUAUCAGCAAGAACAGUCAAAAGAUUCUCAUAAAGAAGAAGCUGAAGCAGUUGAGGACACAGUAAAACUGAAGCUCGCUCUGAAGGUAGCUCGUGAAGACCUUAAGGCACUGCAAGUGGAACUAAAUGCAAUGAAGGCAGAGUAUGGAGAUGUGAUUCCCAGAAGGGAUUUUGAGGCUUUGGAUAAGAACUAUAAUGAGCUGAGUGAAAAGAAUGAAAGCCUGCAGAAGCAGUAUUUUCAGAUGAAACAGGAGUACACCACUCUGUUAGAAGUUAACAAGCAGAUCACUCUCGAACGAGACAAGUUGAGUGCAGAAGUCGAAGUAUUCAAAACUAAAAUGGCAGGUGGCCUUUCUUCAAGUCAGUUGGAAAAUAUUCCAGUUGAAGCUGAUGAAGACUACUUUGAGGGACUGGGUACUGGAGAAGAUGUUAUUGUAUAUCUGCGUCAUGAUGGUCUAAUCAAGAAUGUGAAUUUAGCCAAGGAAAGCAUAACGAAAGUUCUUAAGGAAAUCUGGAAAGAAAAGAUGGCAGCAGAUCUCCAGAGUGGAACGAGGUCUAGCCUUCCUGAGUUUUUCUAUAACUUCCUCCAGAAGAAGUAUGGAAACUCUGCCCUGCUUUGGGCCUACAACAUUUAUUAUGGCUGCAGAAACCAUCAGAAGGAUGAAUUCAUCAGUUUGUUUUUCAGUAUUCUUAAUGGAAUUAUGGAUGAAAGUGUAUAUCACGGGCAGAUUCAACAUAUUGCACAUGUGCUGAAAGAACUGAACCAUCAUGACACAUCUGGAAAAGGGAUCCUUUCUAAACAGGAGUUCAGUCAAACUUUGAAGAAAGCCCUCCCUAAUAAGAAUGAAAAAUACAUAGAAGAGCUGAUUGCUGCUGCAACAUCCCAACUUGGAGAUGACAAUAAAAUUAAAUACAGUACCUUAUUUGAAGAGAAUGCAGAAGGCACAGCAGGAGCUUUUCUUGCAUUGCUGCAAAGUCAAUACACAGCAGAGAAAACGAUGUACCUUGAUGAAUUAAGAAAUGCAUUGGAAGAGAAAGAGGAGCUGACAGUAGCUGACCUAAAAAAGGCUUUUCAAAAAAUUGAUCCAUCAAUGGAUCCACAGACCUUGGCCACAUAUUUAGCUCAAGGUUUCCAAACAACAAAGGAACAGCUUGAUCAAUCUACUGCUGUGGAUACUGACACUGUUCUAGAUCGAUUACAAGCAAGUGACAUAAAGAGAGUAGGACCUUGGAAGUAGUACAAAACUUGGAGUUCUGAUGAGGACGGCCUUACAUAUGUUAAUAUUUUAAAAGUAAACUACAUUAUGACUGUUCACUUUGAACAGAGUCACUGUUCUUUAAUUUAAAAAAAUAUUAGACUACUGUUUUCUUGUUCUUUUGAGCUCCACAGCUAAGGUCUAUUCUAAUGUUUAUUGAUAGAAAAAGUGCUAAAGUUGAUACAA